UGUAAAUAUGCAACCAGGAAGAUUUCCUUAUCGUUGUCCUUAUUGGCUGUACAAAGCGGAACCGAGUGGAAAGUUCCGGUGCUGAUUUCUUGAGUUUCGUGACUCUCGAAGAAAAAUAGACAAUUAAUCUAAUCAAAUCAUGAGAGGUUUGGAGUUCAAGUGCUUUUUCUACGUGAAGUUGAUGGACUGAAUGGAGGGCCAUUAAUUUUGGACAGAUGUUAAAACACAGCUACAGUAGCCCUUAGACUUAACCUUAAGCUGUUAAAAGCUCAAAUGUUUUGAUAACCCAGGGAAGUUUUUCUAAAAAGAACUAUGAAUUCUCGGAGAGACUUGAGGGUCCAGCCCACCACCCUGGUUCGCUGCAUGCGGUACAGUCACAUCAGCCAAUUGUGUCAUCUUCUAGACCCUGACCAAGCAUGGAAACACAUGACUGACUAUAUCACCAAACCCAAUGGCCAGCCGAAAUAUAACUUUGAUACAAUAUGCAUGUUAGAAAUGGAAAUGCAGAGGCCGAAUGGCAGCCCGACAAGAAAACUGAUUGAGGAUUGGUCUACCCAGAACACCACGGUGAAAGAUUUGCUGGACGUUCUCAUUAAGUCAAAACUCUACCGAGCAGCCAACUUCAUCAGUGUGGACGUGUUAAAGGGUAACAAAAUUGAAGAAAAUAUAAUCUUGUAUGAAAGAAAUGAUUCUGUGACGUCUCUUCCUUGCCCUGGUCCCACAGAGAGCAGCAACUUGGGUCACUUAAACAUCGAGUUGGGCAGCGUGCAAAGCUCCAGUGACAGUAACAACUUUUCUAAUGACAACAACAGUAGCAACAGUGGCAGUAGCAACAGUGGCAGUAUUAGAGUCCAUAGACUCGACCACAGCAGUUUUGGAGGGCCUGCAGAAAAUUCAGAAGGCAAGAAUUUAGCUCGUUGCCCGUCUGAGAAUGAUUCAAGUCCCUACCUCGCUUCUGAAGAAGUGAAUCAGAUGAUCUCAUUAAAGAAUGAUGUGGAGAACGGAAAGGGGUUAGAUGUUGAGCAGGCUACUGACCCUUAUUGUUCUCAAGAGACGGUGCUUGUUGGAGCUGUGGAUGGGGAGAAGAAGGACACGCAGGCUGCGGGAGACGAUAUGUCGAGUCUGAUACAGGAUAUUGUGGAAGGGUUGGAGCAUGGAGACAGUGUCAAGCACUUUGAGUAUUCCAAGUUGAAGCUGAUCACAGGAAACUUUAACAGGACGGCUGUCAGUGAGAAAGGAAAUUUCCUUGGACAGGGAGGAUUUGGAGAAGUAUACCUUGGUAAACCAGAUAGCGUCCACUUAAUUGCUGUGAAGCGUCUGAUGGACAGAGUUGAUACAGUGAUGAAACAGUUCAAAACUGAGCUACAGGUGCUUUCAAAAUACCGCCACAAAAACCUGCUUCCUCUGCUGGGCUACUCCAGCGAUGGUCCUCAAUUCUGUAUAGUAUUUGAGUACAUGCCGAAUGGCUCGGUUGAGGACAGGCUGGCGUGCAAGGAAAACACGCCACCCCUCUCUGUGGAGCAAAGAUUAGAAAUAGUCAAGGGUACGGCGUGUGGCAUCGUCUUCCUCCAUACCUUUGACGAGAAACCUUUAAUACACAGAGACAUAAAGAGUGCCAACAUUCUUCUGGACUGUAAUAUGGUUCCAAAGGUUGGAGACUUUGGCUUUGCCAGGACGGGCUCGGCUAACCCAGCCUCCAUGAAGAUGACCACAACAGUCAUCGGCACAUCUGCGUACAUGGCCCCCGAAGCCGUCAAGUUUGACAUCUCCAUCAAAUUGGACACUUUCAGUUAUGGUGUGGUGCUCCUAGAAUUGCUGAGUGGACUGCCCCCUUUUGAUGAGGAGAGAGAGGAGAAGGAUUUGGCCUCCUAUGUGGAUGAAAACUAUUCCAGGGAGAACGCCCUUGAGCUGGCUGACAGAACGGCAGGAGAAUGGCCAGAGAGCAUGUUUAAUAGCUUAUUUAGCACAGCAGUUAACUGCCUCAAUUACAAAAAGAAACUUCGUCCUACCAUGCAAGAGGUCUUACAAGAGAUUGAAGAUCUGUAGCAAUCCCAAUCUUGAGACUGGGGCGUAAACAAAAUACUGCCAGAAGACAGACCUGUUUGAUUAUUAUAAGCUUAUAAGUUAGAGUUAAAGACACUGAUAAAGUCAUGAAAUAUGGCAUUUUUUUCAGAAUCUCAACCUGGUAUUUCCUCUACACUUGCCCUCACUGGUCCAUGGUUGGUGUACAACAUUGUUAACAAGUAAACAUUUUAGGAGAAUUAUCAUUUUAUCAUGACUGAUUAAGGCAAAGAAGUUGAAUAUUUUAUACGUUGUCCUUCAAAUACAGGAUGAAUGGAGGCCUCACUCUUUGAAAAAAAAUAAUAAAUGUUGAUAUAUUGAAGUCAGUGCCAUGUUCCAUUUAAUAUGCUGUGGAAUGGGCUGUUUUGGAGAGUACUUGUAGUGCUGGAAGUCUUAGAGUUAUGUAAAAAUGAAUUUGUAGGAUCUGUAUUAAUUUUGUUUCUGGGUUAGUGCUACCAAUUAGUUAAUUAAUUUGAAAAAUUUAUGAAGUGGCGUUAUGCAUUGUAAAGUACGCAAACAGCUACGGUAACAGUAUUCAUGUUGGUGGCAUUGGACUAUCUCAUUCUGUUUAUAAAGCUGUAUUUUGCUUUAAAGUAGAAAGAUUUCUGUUAAAAUUAUGCCUUUCAAGUAGCAGGGAUAAAUGUUUACAGAAUUAAUCAAAUUUCAAAUUUGACGAGUGUGCUCAAUGUCCUUUCUUUUUAGGAUUAAUAAAAUUUAAUGUCAGGGAGUGAGAACACUUGAACAUAACGCAUCACAUAUUAAUUACUGUAUGUCAAAAAUAUUGUCAAUUUAUAUCACGUACAUUUUUUACAAAAUAUUUCAAAAAUGUGCUUUUUUCACUUUGUUCAUUACAGUUAAAUUGCAGAUAUUGAAGUUACUAGGGUGGAAAGUACCUUAACGGUAUAAGGACUGGUAAAAUGAGACAUUUCAGGGAAAAUGUACACAUAAGAGGACAGGACAGAGGCAGCUAUUUAAUAGCUCAGAGCCAAGAAAGUAGAAUUAUAAGAAGCUAUUUUCAUACCGUUAGCUUAUGGUUAACUUGGAUGUAGGCCUUCAUCAGACAGAUGUGAAUAGACAGAAAAGAGUGGUAUUUAAUUGCAAGUUGCGUAACUGCAUGUUACCUUGAAUAUAUAUAAAAUCAAUGCCUUCAAUAAAGUAUUUUGCAAUGAGAGAA